UUGAAAGAAUUGUUGUAUCGUGCAAGGUUGAAAGAAAUUUAGAAAAUUGAGAUAUUUUAUUGAAAGUGCGUAUGUUGACAAAGGGCUUUUUACUGUUACUCUAUUUCAUCCCAUUUUUACGACGAUUGUUUGAGUGUUCGAACAAGAAGAUCGUGAUUCCUUUUGUGAAUAAUUUAGACGAAUUUUAUUGGUACCGUGGCGCAUUUGGAUUUGGGCAUUGUGGCAGAUCAUUGUUGGCGACCUCAACUAACACAGGUUACACGGGUAAGCUACUCCAAAGGACCGGCAAAAAGUUGGGUCGACAAGUUGAAAUUCCGCCCCGGGUGUCACAAGAGUUUGCUACGCCUCUGCUUCCAUAAUGGAUACAAAAUCGAUUAGAGGUACAGGAAGGGAGAUGUUCGAAAAAAUGCAUUAUCAUCUUCAAACUGUCAGAUUAAACGUUUUGUGUUUACAGGGUGAGUAACAAGAUACAGUCCGAGUCUCUUAGAAUAUGCCCUAAUUUUCUGGAAAUUUUGAUAUGGCAUUAAAGUAAUGAAGUUGUGCAUAAUGAAUAUAUCGCGAGAAUAUAAAUGAGAAAUGACCUCUUUAUUGAUUCUUUCUUCUCCAUUUGUUAUUGGCAACUAAGCUCAUCGCGUUCCAUAUAAACGAGAUAACAUAUUUGCCGCAAUCAUUUCUCGAAUUUUUGUGCGAUAUUUAGAACCAUUUCACCCUGACCCUUGGCAUAGUCUAAUUAAUACUUUCUUGCAUAAUUUGUCGUCUACCUUGAAACGAAAAAAGUGGCGUUGAAACAGUAAUUUCUCAUUUUGAGAUAAUAAUUUUAUCUGUCCCGACAAAUACGAAUAUUAUAUUAUUAGUCGUCUAAUAUGCGUUAUGUAAACUGAGGAGAUCUUCAGGAACUAACACUGUUGAAAAAUAAGGAUUUUUUUAUUAUCAACCCCAACUUGCGCCAGAUAUGGAUAGAUGGUGAUGUUGAUUUAUUCAUCAGAGGGUUCUUCCAAUCAACCCUUUUUUAUUGAAGUGGUAAUUGAUUAUACAAAAUCCAAAUGAUCCGUUUAGAAUAGAGUAUAGAAAGAUGUAUCAGAAUAUUUCAUGCUCUUCAUCAUGAUAUUAUUUCAUUCAA